GGCGCCGCGCACCGGCUGCGGCGCAAGGGCAACUACGCGGAUCGGGGGGGCGCCGGCGCCCCCGUCUACUUGGCCGCCGUCAUGGAGUACCUGACGGCCGAGAUCCUGGAGCUGGCGGGCAACGCGGCCCGCGACAACAAGAAGACGCGCAUCAUCCCGCGCCACCUCCAGCUGGCCGUCCGCAACGACGAGGAGCUCAACAAGCUGCUCGGGGGCGUCACCAUCGCGCAGGGCGGCGUCCUGCCCAACAUCCAGGCUGUGCUGCUGCCCAAGAAGACCGAGAGCCACAAAGCCAAGGGCAAGUAACAUUUCUGCGAAGACCGGCCAGUUUAAUCAGCGGGCCCUAAGCUUUUCUUUUUGCUUUUGAAUCCAAAGGCUCUUUUAAGAGCCACCCACUGUUUCAGAAAAAGAGCUGGAAGCGGUUUGGGGCUUGCAGAGCAAGGUGCUUGGUGCUAGGCUCGCAGCAGCGUUCCAACCUGGAAACGCGUUUUGACUUAAAUCCUUACAAAUUAUGGUUGCAAUGGUUUAUGCAGAAGUCUGGAGACUUGCCAGCCCCUGUGCCUCCUGCUUUGCUGCGCUGCACACAACUGUUCGGUCUAACGCAGCUGAGAACCUCCCUUCACCGGUGAGAUCCCCAAAAACGGGGGUCCCUGAAGGUGGAGGAGGCACCGGUGAGUCCGUUCGCAAAGUGUUUCCCCAUUCCUCAGUCCCAGGACACGCAAAUCAGCAAAGGGAAACUGCGCCGAUCCUUGCGUUCCCCAAAACCACACUGGUACCUUAGUUCCAGUCCCGCUUUUCCCUAAACAGCGGAUGGCUGGCCAAAAAAAACAUCUCCAAAACCACAGUAGAGCCCAGAAAUAACAUUUCUGUUUCCCCAUGAGCGGCAUUUAACGCCACGACGUUCGGCAGUUGCUGGUUGUGGUUAACGCUCAUGCUGCGGGAAAAGCACCAAUAAAUCCCCCGGGAUUUAAGGAAGUUUCAGGCUGGCUCAAGCUGCUAACAUGGGCCAAAGCGUUGCCCUGGGACCUGAGCUAUCCCCUCGGAAGAGGGAAUCCGAGCCCAAAUCCUGCCAAGCUGCACCAAGGAAAUACCCUGAAGGCAACAAGUCAGCACGUCAGGCGCUGGCAGGCUGCUCUCUGCCAAGCAAAACCUUUAAAAAUAGUUGAAUAUUCCUCCAAUGAGCACAGAAAUCCCAUUUCUUCCAAAAGGAAUUGCCCACCUCUUGCUCCUUCCUCUCCGGGAGCCCCCCCUCGCACAAGGCAACGCCGAAACCUGUAGUGGGACGAUCAGGACAAGCACCCUGGCCAGGAACAGCAUCAUCAUCCCCAAAAAGCAGGUUAUUAAGCACCCUUAAAAGGCAGGGAGAGCAUUGCCUGGAAACGCACAUCCUGCAGAAAAGGAAGUUAUUUCUGUUUGCUAAAUU